AUGGCAGAACCUGAUUUCAACACAGUUCAUGACAUCAUCACUCAAGCUGUCAACCGCUAUCCAUUACACAAGAUUUCGUUCAUAACCUCCUCCGCACAUGACUCCUCCAUUCAGACAAAGACUUUCAGCGCAUUCAAUCAAUAUGUUCGUAACCUUGCACGCGCAAUGCUCGAGUGGGGAAAGCCUACUGGCUCAAUCAUUGUUGUAUACCUUACCGAACACGAAGAAAAUAUGGCUACCAUCUGGGCUUGUCUCAUGGCUGGCUAUGUCCCCUGCUUACAGCCCGUACUCAGUGCACAACAGGCGCACAAAGAGGCACAUGUUGCUCACAUCAAGAACCUGUUUGAAUCUGCAAUUUGGCUCACCAACGAGCUCGGUGCUGAACAGAUCAGUUCCAUUGACGGUCUGGAGGUUCACUUGUUCUCUGACCUGAAAGCUUCAGCAGAGACGUUCACGGUCCCAGCUGACUGGGUUGCGUUCGAGCCUAAGCCCGAUGAUCACGCAAUGCUCUUCCUGACUUCAGGUUCGACCGGUUUUUCAAAGGCGGUCGUGCACACGCACCGUACCAUUAUUGCUGCUUGCCAUGCCAAGGAGCUACGCUUUGGCCCGCCUUCUGAGUCUCGAGUCUUGAACUGGGUAGGAUUUGAUCACGUCGCAGGGUCUGUGGAAAUGCACGUUACACCUCUCCUAUAUGGUGCUUCGCAGGUCCAUGUGCAUGCAUCUGUUAUUUUGUCCGAUUCCGUUCGCAUGCUUCGUCUGAUCGACGAAAAUUCCAUUGGUCUAGCUUUCGCACCAAACUUUCUGCUAGCCAAGCUCACUCGCGAUCUUGAAAAGCGUACUGAUCUUUUCGGAUCUUUCGACCUAUCCUCCAUCAAGCGGAUCAUCAGCGGAGGUGAAGCGGUGGUCUCGAAGACCGCACAAACCUUCGCUGCUACCAUGAAAAAGCUUAGCAAGAACCCCUCCGCAGUGUCCUUCAUAGUCUCUGCUGGAUUUGGAAUGACAGAAACUUGUGGUGGCUGCAUUUUUGAUCCAGUCGAUAUUUUUACAACCAAACCUGCUCGCGAGUUCCUUGACCUUGGACGUCCCGUUACUGGUUGCGAAAUGCGCAUCGUUGACCCUGUCGAUGGCACUACUCCGCGCGCAGAUGGCGAGAGCGGUGAGCUUCAGGUUCGCGGACCGAUGCUUUUUGUAUGCUACUACAAAAACCCCGAGGCUACGUCUUCCAGCUUUAUUGAGGGUGGCUGGUACCGCACUGGUGAUGUAGGCAUCAUCGAAGGUGGCUCUAUGCGCCUUAUCGGUCGCAUCAAGGACACUGUCAUCAUCCAUGGUGUCACAUAUGGUAUCCCCGAGCUCGAAACCCAUCUCCAGACUUUGGAAGGCAUCACGCACUCCUUCCUCGCUGCUGCUCCAUACCGUAUUCCCGGCCAGGAAACCGAAGGGUUCGUCAUUUUCUACUCGCCAUCUUUCGACCUCGAUGGAGCAGACGCGCCCAUGAAACUCUUUGCCACGCACCGUGCUUUACGCGAUAUCUCUGUCAAGAUGAUCACCCAGCCACCUCAAAUGAUCGUUCCCAUUCCUGUGAAGCAGAUGGAGAAGACAACCCUAGGGAAACUCUCCCGGUCUCGCCUCCUCAUCCUCCUUCAGAAAGGUGGGCUGGCGAAGCAUAUCGCCCGCGCUGACGAGCUUCUUAGCGAAGCACGCGGCGCUGCCUUCGUAGCACCCUCCACGAAAACGGAAAAGGCUCUUGCCAAGAUGUAUGCAGGUAUCCUCAACCUCGCAGACAACGAAGUGUCAGCGAACGAUAACUUCUUUGAAUUCGGUGGUACAUCUAUCGGUGUUCUCAGGCUCAAGCGUGAAGGAGAGGCGUACUUUGGCCUGCCUGAAAUCCCCGCCAUACAAAUCCUGAAGCACCCCGAUGAAUACGACCCCGCUGUUCCCCUCCAAGUGACCGGAGACAAGAUACCCAUCUUCUUCGUGCACCCUGGAGUCGGAGAGGUUCUUGUUUUCCUCAAUCUUGCCAAGUACUUUCAGAAUGAGUGUCCAUUCUAUGGGCUCCGUGCUCGUGGCUUCGAGCCUGGUCAGCCCUUCUUCACGUCCAUGGACGAGAUGGUUUCCUCUUAUACUGCAAGUAUAAGGAGGAUACAGCCAAUGGGACCAUAUGCCAUCGCUGGCUACUGCUACGGUGGUCUGAUGGCAUUUGAAGUGGUCAAGCGCCUGGAGGCCAUGGGCGAAGAAGUCAAGUUUUUCGGUCUCGUCAACGUUCCUCCUUAUAUCGCUCAGCAAAUGCACGACAUCGACCUCAUGUGUGCGCUCCACGUUGCGUUCUUCCUCGGUCUCAUAUCGAAGCAUGAUUCUGAGAGUAUGGUGCCCACUUUUAAACCGCUCACACAGAAGGAGAGGCUCGAGAUCGUGUGGAAUAUGUCGCCUCCUGAACGUCUCGCCGAGCUCCAGCUGACACCUGAAACUCUCGAACACUGGGUCAAAGUCUCUGCGUCUCUCUUGCGUUGUGGAAAGGGAUACACCCCAUCGGGCACAGCUCCUGUCAUCGAUAUUUUCUACGCCGUCCCGCCUCGUGGCCCGGAUGACAAGGUCAACUGGCUCAAGGAGCUCAAGCCAUGGAGUGCUUUCAGUCGCAGCGACCCAAUCUUUACCGAUGUGCCUGGAGAACACAACACGCUCAUGGACAUUGAUCAUGCCUCGCAGUUCCAGAAGCUCUUCCGCAGUCGUCUUGAGGCUCGUGGAGUGUAA